UUCUUCCAGGACGGGUUUAGGGUUUAAGGGAAGAGAGGUGAGAAUGCUGGCGGUGGAGCGCUGCUCUAGCGCCACCACUGCCGCCUCCAUCGCCGAUCAUGCAAAUGCUGCGCGUUUCCGGGGCAUCGUGGCCGUGGGAGCCGCCAGAAUCAAGAUCGACCGUGUCAGGUGGGGCUUUUUUCUCGCCAAGAAGCGACAAAUCUUUCCAAUCCGCUGCUCGGCGCCCGGAUCCGGCGUGGAUGUGCUGAAUAUCGCCCAGGAUCAUCAGCAUCGAGAAGAGGAUUUUGGCGAUGGCGGUGGAGGAGGGAAGGGGGGAGGAGGGGGAGGAGGGGACGAUGGAAGUGGCGAUGGUGAUGGCGACGACGGUGGAUCCGAUCGGGCAGAAAAGGAAUUUGGAUCCCUGUUGAGCGCCGAGGAGGUUGAAAGGCAGGUUAAAGCGAGAGGGGCUGUUCUUCCCGCGGAUCUGGCCGAGGCUGCGAAAGCUAGUGGGCUUCGAGAGCUCAUCCUCACACGCUACUUGGAUUUUCAGGCUGCUCCUUGGCCUCUUGGUCCAGCGGUGAGAAGUAGUCCGAUUCUACGCAACCGGAUGCUUGCGGAUCCAAGCUUUCUUUUCAAAGUUCUCACCGAGGUGGCUAUUGAUUCCGGCUGUGCAACGUUUGCAGAGGUCAACAAGCGUGGCAAGGACUUUUGGAACGAGUUUGAGCUCUACAUGUCGGACUUGCUGGUAGGCAUCGUCAUGGACGUUGCGCUUGUGACGAUGCUGGCUCCGUUUGUCCAAUUUGGAGCCGCUCCUGCGUCGGCUGGACGCUUGUCCAGAACGAUCAAAGCUCUGCCAAGCAGCAUUUUUGAAGCCGAGAGACCAGGACGGAAGUUCAGUGUACAACAACGACUAGGCGCAUUUUUCUUCAAGGCUCUUCAAUACGGAGUUGUGGGGUUUGUUUGUGGAUUGGUUGGUCAAGGGGUUGCGAAUUCGAUCAUGGUUCUCAAGAGGAAAAUGGGGAAACCGGGCCACGCCGACGUCCCUGUUCCACCCCUCGUCAAGUCGGCUCUCCUCUGGGCCGUGUUCAUGGGUGUUUCUUCCAACACGAGGUACCAAGUCAUCAAUGGUUUGGAGCGUGUAGUGGAGGCUAGCCCGGUGGCCAAGAGAGUCCCGCUGGUGGCGAUGGCGUUCACUGUGGGCGUAAGAUUCGCGAACAACGUCUACGGAGGCAUGCAGUUCGUGGACUGGGCGAGAAUGUCUGGAGUGCAAUGAAAAAGGUGCGUGAACUCAAGGAGACUUUGUUUUUGUUCCAUCUGUGAAGUCACAGAGACUUCUGUGAACUUUUCCAAGGAUUUGAUGACAAUUCCCAGUGCUUUCGUUUCAA